AUGUUAUUGUUGCCGGAUUUUUUCCUAAAAUUUUUUAAGCAAUUUAAAUUUAUAACAAAGUAAAAAGAUAUGGAAAAGACUAUUAACUUAAUUGAUUUUGUUUUAAUGACUUUUUAAAAAUUGAUCAUUAAAACUUUUUUAUAAGCUGUUGUAAAGUUUUAAAUUAAAAAUUUGUUUAAAAGUUUAUAAAUUGUGAAAAAAAAGGAAAAAUGGCAGCAUCGCCAGGAAGUCUUCAUGCAAACACUUCAGCUACCCAUUUAAAAAGAACAGAUUAUAUAAAAAGAAUGGACAGUAGCGAAUCAUCGACAUCAAGUUGGGAUCUUUUGCCAAAUGAUGGAACUGCCAUAAUAGACUUGGGCUCAGAUACACCACUAUCAUUUACUUCAGGUAGCCUGACACCAACAGAAAAAAAUGCCAAAAAUGAAUAUGAUUUUAUGCAACAGAUGCGCACUAAAAUUGUUGAAGAAGUUGGUGGCCAGGUUUGGGCUGCAGGAAAAUCACAAGCACUGCGCUUUUUUGAUCUGUAUUCUAACAUUGAUACAUUGAGGCCAUAUUUUGAUGUUGAACCAAAAGAGGUUUUAGUUAGAUUAUCACAAUCAUUAGUUCCCAGGAAAACAACAAAACCACAGACUGUAGCUGGAGAAUUAUAUGGACCAAUGAUGGUUGUGUUUACAUUGGUUGCGUUGCUACUUUUUUCGAUGAAGUUUUCUGGACAUACCGUGCAAGAAGGAACAUUGAUGGGAACUGCUAUAGGAGUAUGCUUUGGGUAUUGGCUUGGUGGUUCAAUUUUUUUCUACUUCUUAUCCUAUCUCUGUAAUGCUCAUAUCACCUUACUUCAGAUUGUAUCAUUAACGGGUUAUGCUUUAUUUAGUCAUUGCAUAUGCAUACUUCUAGCUACAGUUACGCAUGAAAGUACUCAUGGUGUAUUUUAUAUUGCAAUUUUUAUACUAGGCGGAUUGUCAUCUUUACGAAUGUUAGGUGUGUACAUCAGCCGAACUUGGUCAAAACAUCAAGGUAUAAUAAUUGGCAGUAUUGUUGCAACUAUACAUUUACUAUUUCUUCUUUAUCUACAUUUUGCGUACCAUUCAACGUAUGAAGAAGCUGCAAAUCUCCUUAAUCGAGAAAAAAGAUCGAUAUUUUCUGGUAUUUUAAUGCCAUCUAGUAUUGCAUCCACUUAAAGACAGGCAAUAAAAUAAAUAUGGAUAAAGUUGACAAUAUUUAACAAGAGAUGCUGGUGAUGAUAGUUAAAUGGUUAUGUUUCACUUAUUUUAAUUAUCGCUUGAGUGGUGUUGUGUAUAGCGAAUUGUAUAAUAAACAAAGAUUUUAAACUUUAAGAUUCUUUGCUGA